UGAAAAAUUAUGCAACAGAAAGAGUUGCCCCGAAUCAAAAUCCAGUAAGAUCUGCAGAUAUCAUCCUCGACCCGUGCGGCCUGGCGAGCGGCGACCCCGCAUGUCAGCCCCCCUUGAACCCAACCGCGCCGCACGCCUCCCUACACGGGCGCUACACACUUUGAAAUUUCAAAAUGGCACCGCUACUGCUACCAUCCUCCCCCAAAACUUCUCAAUUCCCCAACAAAAUCCCUCAAUUCCCCAACAAAAUCCAACUCCGCCACUGCCUCCUCCUCUCCCACCGCCACGGCCUGCCCCCUUGCCGGCGACAUGGGCCCGGCCCCCGCCACCGCCUCCCGCGCCGCGGCCUUCCCCACCUCCGCCGACGUCGCCCUCGCCGGCGCGCUGCUCUGCCUCGCCGACUCCCCGCCCGCGCCGCUCCUCCCCACCCUCAGGUAACCGCGAAUCCGCCGUACCGCUAACUGGUUUUCUGCCCGCACCCGCUUCCGCGUUCCGCGACGGGCGCUCACCGCCGCGUGCGCGUCUCCGCAAUUGCAGCGACGAGCUCCCCUCCUACUCGGGCUCCUCCUCCUCCUACUCCGUCACCUCGGCGAGGUCGUGCGUGUCCGACGCGGCGCGCCGCAGCCGCCCCAUCGACCCCCUCCGCGUGCUCGCCGUCAUCGCCUCCCUCCGCCGCGUCGACCCCAAGGUGCUGGUGCAGGCGACCAGCAAGCUGUUCCAGGGCGAGCUGGCGAAGAGGCGGAAGGGAGUGUGGAUCGAGGUCAUCAACGGCGAGGAGGAGGAGGGCGGGGAGGAGAGCGAGAGGGGCAGCGUGGUGGCCAGCGAGGGGAGCACCAUCACGGGACCCGCGUCCUCCCGGUCCACGGCCACGUCGGGGAGGUGCCGCCGACCUCCGCUGGCGAGCGGUGGUGGUGACGCUCUGCUGCGGAGAGCGGACUCGAUCAUGAAGUGGCUCUCACGGCCGAAGGCGGGGCCGGCCACAGAGACGGCCAUCCGCGCCGCCGUCGGCGACAACGCUGUGACCAGCAAGGCUCUGCGCUGGUUGCUGAAGCAGAAAAGGGGGUUGCGUCGUGCAGGCACUGGUGGCCGCCCGGAUCCGUAUGUGUACAUGAUUGCAGGCUGAAGUGGUGAAGUUAAGUAAGCUGUGUUAUAGCGAAGGAGUUGGCACCUAUAUAUAUCUGCUGGAAAGGUCAAGUUAGCUUUUGAAGAGUAUUUAGUAAUUUCUAGCACCUGCUGUUUAAUCGGUCCAGUUUUGCCUAGCCUUCCCGCAAAUAACAAAUAUAGGAUAGGAAUAGAUAUUUACGUGUUCGCAAUAGCUUGCAAAGCACUGGUGAAAAGCUCUUGGAUAGAAAGAUAAAUGGAUAGUCGUAUAGAUGGCAGUUUCAUGAUUACGAAGUCAUUAUUCAUGUGUGUUUAGAAUCAGUAUAAUCCUUGCAAGAAGUACGAGAAAUAAUCGGUACUGUUGGAAUCAGUAUAAUAAAAUAUGAUGGGUUCAGUUUUGGGGUACUGGUUUGCAGUGAAUUGCUCAUUUGGCUUUCCUCUGUGAGGUCAUAUGUAUGCUGUUGAAAUUGUCUCAUUUGAUAUGAUGAUAUUCAAUUAUCCCAUGUGCUUCAGUUUACCUAAACUGAUCUGCUUGU